AUGUCCAUAUCAUUGAAAUUUAGUCAUAUACCAUAUAAAAAAUAAAAUGAUUGUUUUGAUUUACUUACCAAACAAAUUUCUUAAAUAAACAAGAAGUAUUGCUUUGAUUUAUAUGUUUAUUUUAAUUUAAUUAUAUAUAAAUAAACAUAAAAAUAAUAAAAAAAAAUAAAAAUUAUUUUUAUAUAUAAUGAUUUAUUUCGCGCAAUUGCACAUGUCUUAACAUAAUAUAUAUUGGUUAGAAAAAAAAAACUUCUUAGCUCAACUUUAUAUGGUUCGGUUUAGCGAAUAGCAUACAUGUUGGACCUUAAUUUUUCACUUUCCAAGUUCAGUUUAAUGACCACUGCGAUUCAAACUCGCAGUUUCUAAGAGCCGUGUUCCGUUUCGCUGCACCUCUCUCGUUAUAGUUCAUGUAUGGAGUGUAUCUGGACGGAAAGACAUAGUAUAUACACUAUAAUCUUCAUUUUAAUGUUAAAUUUUUAUUUUUUUACAGCUGUUAUUUUAGUUCUAGAGAAAAACAAUACAGGUGGUAAUUAUAGUUAAUGUAUGCAGUGUAUCUGGACGGAAGUACAAUAUGAUAUACACUCUAACGCUCUUUUAAAGUUAUCUUCUUUUUUUUAGGGUCAAAUAACGUUAUCUAACACGUGAUAUUUAUAGUUAGAUCAUGUAUAGAGUGUAUCCGGACGGAAUUACAUAGCAUAAACACUCUAAUAUUGUCUUUAAUGAUAACUAUACAUGUGAUAUUUAUAGAUCGUGUAUAUCGACGGGAAUCAAUAGUAUAUACACUUUAAGGUUAACUAUACAGGUGGUAUAUAUAGUUCAUGUAUGAAGGGUAUCUGGAUGCAAAUACAUAAUAAACUUUAAAUAUUCUCUCUAAAAACUUUUUUUUCCUCUCUAGAAAACUUAGCCAUGAAUCUUUCUGCUAUCACUCAGGGAAACGACAAUGACGCCCCGGCGCCGGGUAACGAAUUUGCACAGUUCGCCGCUGGAUGCUUCUGGGGCGUGGAGCUGGCGUUUCAGAGAGUCUCCGGUGUGACUCAUACGGAGGUUGGAUACACCCAAGGGCUCCUCCACAAUCCUUCAUACGAGGAUGUCUGCACGAACACAACGAACCAUGCAGAGGUUGUCAGGGUUCAAUAUGAUCCCAAAGAGUGCAAUUUUGAGUCUCUGCUUGAUGUCUUCUGGUCUAGACAUGACCCCACCACCUUGAAUCGCCAGGGAAAAGAUGUGGGAACCCAAUACAGAUCAGGGAUAUACUUCUACACACCUGAGCAGGAGAAACAAGCGGCAGAGUCAAUGGAACGUCACCAGCAACAAAUGGAGAGUAAGAUCAUGACUGAGAUUCUACCAGCUAAGAAAUUCUACAGAGCUGAGGAGUAUCAUCAGCAGUACCUGUCAAAGGGUGGACAGUCCUGUGGCAUAGCCUGUAAUAGUCCACUCAUGUGCAGCGCUGCUACGGCUUAAAAAUGCUGAGUUUCCUCUCCCAAGAUAGAGGAGUUUAGAGACGAGUUUGUUACACAAUAUAUAUGAACAUCAACCAAAUCCUUAAUAAGUGUAACAAGUUACUUUCGUUUCAUGUUAGAGACUAUAUAAAUGUCUAUUGAAUUAUUGAUUGUUUAGAUUUGAGUGAAUCUUAUGGAUGAAAAAAUAAUAUGAUGAUGAAUAAGGUUUCUUAUUGCCAUUUGCUUCAUCAUCAACAAACAAUACAACGCAACAUCACCAAUCUGAUCCUUUCUUUCACAUGGUGAUCUAGCAAAAUGGAUUCUUUGAUAGCUCAAGAAGAACCUACGUAUAUUUACCUGCAACUGAUCCUUCUUUGUUUGUUAGCAUGUGUGUGUUGUUGAUUUGUAAUUCUCAGUUCACAAUAAGAUGUGGAAAUUUUAACAACAUUUUU